UAUGGCCACUUCUAUUGCUAAUAAGAAGGACAAUUUUGAUUGGCUUAUUAAAAUUCUAUUGAUAGGGGAUUCUGGUGUUGGAAAAACUAAUGUGCUAUUACGAUUUUGUGAAAAUAAUUUCCAACCAACAUACUUAUCAACAAUAGGAAUAGAUUUUAAAAUUAAAUCAAUUGAUGUUGAAGGUAAGAAAAUCAAGAUGUAAAUUUGGGAUACUGCAGGAUAAGAGAGAUUUAAGACUAUUACUUAGACAUAUUAUAAAGGAGCAAUGGGAAUAAUUCUUGUAUAUUCCAUAGAUGAUAAAGACUCAUUUAACAAUAUUUCUAAUUGGAUGAAUUAAAUUAAGUAACAUGCAAGUGAAAAUGUUUGUAAAUUGCUUAUAGGUUUCUAUUUUAAAUUUAUUCAUUUAUAUUAGGAAAUAAAAUUGAUGUGCCAAAUAGACAAGUCUCAAAAGAAGAAGGAGAAUAAUUAGCAAAAUCAUUUGGAGUUCCUUUUUUUGAAACAUCAGCAAAGGAAGGUACAAAUGUAGCAGAUGCCUUUUUCGCUAUGGCCAAGGCAGUCAAAGCAAAUUUAUAAAAUGAAAAAUAACCUAAUCCAAGUAGUAGUUCCUAAAAUGGAAUACAAUUAGUACCAAAUAAUGCUGCUGAAGAAAAAAAGAAGAGUGGAUGUUGUUGAA